ACCAAAGACAAAUGCUCAAAGGGGUUGGGAGUAGAGGACCACUUUGAGAGCCACAAGAGUUGUUGUUUUCCCCCUCCUACUGUUUGUUUGUAGCCCUCUUAACAAGAAGCGCUCAAUGAUCCAACGCACUUUGGGUUUGUCCGGUUUUACUUGGUGGAUCCGCGCAACGGAGAGACGCUGCAGUGGAGGCAGCUGUUCCUCGAUGUACUCUCCCACUCUUUUGAAGAACUUUUUUUUAAUCUGUUGGUGCGUCUGAGUUUCAUAUUAAGGUUUUUCCAUUUUUUUAAAUUUUUUUUUUACGGAUGGUUUGCGCAGAAAUCCUGCCAAAGUGGAUCAGCGCUGACAGGUUUCUAGAGACGGAAUCCCAGAGCGCAGUGGAAACCCGCUGAACGCCCACAGAACCACCCGAUCACACACCAUCUGCCUCGGAUUAAAUUACUCUUCUCCAGAUUUGACACUAUCAAUGGAUGCACUUAUGACGCUGCUUUAACUUUGACCGUGCCAAGCAGCCUUGAUGAUGGCAAACUUAACCCUUUCAAUGCUGGGAGUUUGCAGAACUGUUUGGCCCCUUGGUUGCCUGCUUCUGGUGUUUGGCUACUUCUCGGUGGCUUCACCGCACCACGGCCGGCGGCUGAUCUGCUGGCAAGCCAUCCUGAACUGUAAAAACGAGCCCGAAUGCAGCUACGCUUAUGACCACUACGUCCUGGCCUGCAGGCCUGUGCUGAGCGGGGGUAAGAAGAGGUGUCCCAGCCACUGCAUCUCCUCGCUCGUCCAGCUCAACAUGACCAAAAGCGGUCCGGCUCUGGAGGACUGCAGCUGCGGUGAAGACAUGCGGUGCGCGCGCACCAAGCAUGCCAUCGAGCCGUGCCUCCCCAGGACUACCAGCACGGGCUGCACGGAAGCCCGAUUACAGUGCGCGCGGGACGCUCAGUGCGGCUCCGCCAUGCAGGACUACUUGCACUACUGCGGGAAACUUUUUAACGGCGCGACCUGCACGAACGCCUGCCGGCGCGUCAUUGCGAACAUGCGUAAAAUCCCAAAGGGUCAGAAGUUGGAGACGUGCAUGUGCGACGGAGCGGAGAGGGCCAUCUGUGAGUUUAUAAAGAGGAGCAUGCAGGUGCUUUGCUUCGACAAUCCAGACCAAGACGAUGGCAGCGGGACGGACGACGAGGACGGGUGGGAGGAAUAUACGGAGGUUACACCAAAACCAGUGACCGCAGCCUCCAUCUCGGUUGCGGGAUGCGGGGGUUUGACCCUGCUGGCAUCCACGAUGGCUCUGUCAUCCCUCUAUUAAACCUGGUUUAAAUCCUGGUGAAAAGGCAAUGUAAAUGUCACUUACCGACUUUUUAAAGUAAAAGCCUAGACUGAAAAUACAUUUCUUCAACAUCAUAAAGCAAACAGGAUCAAGAGGAUGUAACAGAUGUGGCACCACUUCGUGUUUCUGAAUAGAGGCUUUGCUUAUAAAAUAAGCUUAACAGGACUGCCAACUUUCUCCUGUCACAGACUCUGAUUGUAAACUUGUUUUAAUCAGCUGUGCACUGCCAAUCUUUCUCUUUACUUUUAAAGUAUGAACCAUAUUUUUAUAUUUGACAAGGCAGUUGCUGUUUGGCACCACUGUUAUCUGAUUUGCAAAUAUUUAAUGUAACUUGUAAAUAAGAUCAGGAUUAAAAGUGAAACAGUAAUUUAUUACACGCCUCCAAAUAGACAACAUGUGUAUAAAGACUGAGAAUUCCAGCUUUAAAGGGAAGUUAUAUUGAUCAAAAAUGGUGUACAUACACUGUACAUACAUAUAUAGCUGAUACAGAGUUUUUUUUUGCCGUUUGUUCAGAAAAUCCUUUAUGUUUUAGGCUAUGAGAUGAUUUAUACAUGAUGUAAAGUCUAGAUUUAAACCAAAUGUCUAAAUCCACUGUAUUAUUGCCUUGAUAAUGUCCCUUUUUUUCUGAAGGCAUAAAGAAAACUUGAAGAUAAAA